AUGUCCGCGUUUCGCAGGUUACUGCAGAAGCUGGAGGUUGCCCCAGAUGAACGGCCACUUUCGGUGCUAAGAAACCCUGACUUAGAGCCAAUACCACAUGCUAAGCGGCAGUGGGCUUUCUGGUCCUUUUUCGCCUACUAUGGUCUACCUAAUGUCUCCGCUGCCACCUUCAGUAUUGGGUCGGCUCUACUUAGUCUGGGCCUCGAUAUCAAGCAGUCAAUCGGCACGAUUGUUGUUUGCAAUAUAGUGAUUACGCUUUACACUAUACUGAACUCCAACCCUGGGUUUAAGUACCACAUUGGUUAUACACUCGAGCAGCGCAUGCUCUUCGGAAUCUACGGCUCUGUGAUUGGUAUCAUUAUCCGGGUAGGCUUGUCGGUUGUCCUGUAUGGCUAUCUCUCGUGGCUGGGAGCGCUAUGUUUGAACUUGAUCUUCAGUUCCUGGUCUAAAUCCUACAUGAACAUGAGAAAUACAUUUCCUGAGUCUGUGCCCAUGACUACGCGCGAUUGCAUCUCAUUUCUCAUCUUUCAGUUAAUUCAAAUGCCCUUCAGCUUCAUUAGGCCAAGGAAAAUAAACGUAGCAGGAAUUGUUUUCUGCUUCAUGGCCAUCUUUUCGGUCAUCGGAAUUUUGGCUUAUACCGUCAGCGCAAAUGGUGGACCGGGUCCACUUUACUAUACAAGCCAAGAGCUCUCAUCGAGCCAGCGUGCUUGGACGUGGUUACUUGCAAUGACCGUGUGGUACAGUGGUAUCUCUCCAGUAAUAGCCAAUCAGUCAGAUUAUUCUCGUUACGGCUCACACAAACUGAAAAUGCAUGCAGGUGUUGCAAUUGGCGUCUGUUUGACCGGAACACUGGCACCUGUAGCAGGGAUGUUCAGCGCCUCAGCAACUCAACAACUAUACGGAGAGGCACUUUGGUUACCCACUGACAUGGCAUUGAAAUGGCUUGAGGAUAAUUAUUCGGCCAAGGCACGGUGUGCAGUAUUCUUUAUUGGUUUCAGUUUCACUGGUACACAGCUUGUCGUCAACUUGACUCAAAAUGGGUAUGCAUGCGGCAUGGAUCUCGCGGGCAUUUUUCCUAAAUAUAUUAACAUUACUCGCGGCACCUUAUUUGUUCAGCUUAUAUCGUGGGUCGUACAGCCUUGGACUUUUUUCAACACAUCUUCUGCAUUCAUAGACAGUAUGACCUCGUUCGGUAUUUUCACAACUCCGAUUAUGGCUAUCAAUGUGGUUGACUACUAUAUUGUACGGAAAACGCGAAUUUCGAUAGCGGACCUUUUCACUUUAGAUCCUAAUGGUGCAUUUUGGUUCUAUCAUGGUUUUAAUCUGAGAGCGAUAUUUGCGCUGCUCGUUGGUAUCGCCUUAGGCUUGCCAGGCUUGAUUUUUUCAGUUAACACGAAAUUGAAACCAAACGCAGGUAUGAACAAUUUCUACAGUGGUUACACUUUCUUUACUGUAAUCGUGUCCGGACUGACGUACUAUAUUCUGACCUUAAUUUUCCCAAUAAAGCAGCGUGUUGGCGUAACUGAUGACAAGGACUAUUUCAAUGCCUUCAGCCUGACGGAAUGCGAGAACCUGGGAAUGGAGCCCUACACUGAAAAGAUCAACUGCGAAUACAUCGACAUGGAAAGAGGCAGAAAUCGCACUUUAUCAGGUAGCGCUCAACCACGUCUGAGUCUGCAUUCAACACCUUCUGCACCUCAAGUCAUACAAUUAGAGGCGUCUAGCAAAAAUGACUGA